UACAGGCAAUCACAAUAACGAAUCGAAUUUCUGAACUACUUAUUACAGAAUGCGACGUCAAAUAUCUUAAUAACACGUCUGAGCUGCUGCAAUUACUCGCAUUUGAUUGCAACGAUCAGCAAGGUUUCACAGCAAAAUUCUGUCACUUGAAAGAAAAUUGGUAUUGAGUUAUCACGUGUGCUGUUUUAAAGCAAAAUCAGCUAAGAAUUAAAUACAGGUUUGGGAUGUUUGUUAUCUAUCCUAUGGUUGCAUUCUUCUCCCCUGUAACUUAUGCCAAUACCUAUUAGGCAUUCUCUGGUUCUAACUGAAACAAUGGAUGUAACAACCCGACGCCGAUAACGACAAUCAUUCAUCUUUUGGAGCCUGUCGUGUUCCACUGGCCAAUGGCCUCGCCCCUCCACUGGAUCUCGAUUCAGAGUGCUGUGUCUAGCCACUGUUUCAAGAAGGAGGCCAGUUCAUAUCUCUGUCGCUGGCGGGGUUUGCGAGAUCCGAGUCGAGUUUUCGCAGUGAUUUGCCCCACAACUCAAUCCACAUUCGAUUUGUCGCAGGAACUUUUGCGGUAUUAAAAACCAAUCUUAUUUAGCAGUGUAAGCAAAGACUUGAAAGAGUGAACCACACAAUGUAUCAACAGAUUUUUAAUACGCUGGUCUACUUCUUUUCCUCUCAUCCUGGGGAUACUGCAAUGAAGAAUUCCGACUGCCUCGCGUCCUCCAUAGCCGUAAUGAAGUACACGGGGGUGUGGAUGCCGGACGACCUGACGCACGGCAAGAGAAUGGCCUACAUGGUGUUUAGAUGCGUCACGCAAACUGUCUUGUUCUUUUUCAUCAUUCUGGCUGAGAUCGCCUACGUGUGUAAGCACCGACACGACUCGGAGCGUAUGGUAGACGCGGCUGUGUUGCUGCUGUCACAUCUCGUACAAGCCGUCAAGCUGAUGACAAUCAUCGUUCGCCAGGAAAGGAUCAAGCGUCUCAUCGCCUUGGGAGACGGCCCCGCCUUCACCCAUACGGAGCCGAAACUCAAAGUGCAACUCGAGCGAGCGGUGAAGCUGACCGGAUUGAUCGGCAACCUGUUGUUGUGGUCGGCCGGCGUUACCGCCAUAUUCUGGUUCGUGGUGCCGGCGCUGAAGGAUGUGUUGACGCUGCCGUUGAAGAUAACCUUCCCUUUCGACAUUAGUGGGCAGUAUAUUUUCGCAGUGAUGUACGCGUAUACGUCGCUGAGCGUUGUAACGUGCGGCGUGGGUGACGCCGCCGAUAAUUUUCUUGUCUCCGGAGUGCUGACGCUUGCGUCUACGCAGGUCGGCUUGCUACACGAACAGCUAUUGGAUAUCAAGGCUGACGGUAAAGAUGGUUGUUACAAGAAAGCGGUGCUCUGCGUUAAGUUCCAUCAACGAAUCGUAGAGUACGUUGAAGAGAUCGCGAACAUAUUCAGCUUGCCGAUAUUCUGCCAGUGCGUCACGAGCAGCAUAGUCGUAUGCAUGACUGUUUACAAAAUAACAAUUACAAAAGAGCCAGUAGAGAUGGUCACGAUGAUAUUCUACUUGAUGUGCGUUAUGAUGGAGCUGAUGAUGUAUUGCUACCCUGCCGAUGUACUUUUGAAUAAGAGCUUGCAAGUAUCGGACGCAGCGUACCCCGAAUGGUCGGGCAACGUUAAGACGGCUCAGGUGCUUCUGCUGACCGCGCUGCGCGCUCAGCGAGCCUUGGUCGUCAAUGCUGGCGGCAUGUUCAAGAUCUCUCUACCUACCGCGGCAGCUGUAGUACAAACUUCGUACACAUACUACGCGCUAUUGCAACAGAAGCUCAAGAAGGAAUAAAUUAGAACUUUACUGGUGUGCCAGUCAGGUCUGAUUCACAUAGUAAAUUGCAACGAUCGUAAAACAAAGUACAACUUAAUUAAUUCGCUUCGCCGUAGAAUGUAGACACUAGCUGAUUAAAUUGCGUAGA